UCCUCUCUUUACGUUCAUCCAGCACGUAGAGAUUUUGUUGUUUUAUGUUUUAUUUUAUCAAAUUAUGAAUUGUAACCAAAUCUUAUCAGUAAAGUGAUAAAGAAUAUUAAACAAACCAUUUGGUGCUGCCUUGGACUUAGUCACGGUUAGUUCUAUUCAGUCGCAGUGAUAACCUGAGAGAUUCGUGUGGUGCGCCAGCGCAAUAUAAUUAUUAAAGGAUAAUAAUAAAUUAUCUCUAUUCCAACUAAACAUGGAUACUCUAAAAAAGAACUGGUUCACUGAAGAUUGUGAGAUGUGGCCUGGUGGCACUUUCUCCAUUGAAGUUAAAGAAGUAUUAUAUUCAGAGCCAUCUGCCUACCAAAAAAUAAAUGUGUUUGAUACUACUAAAUUUGGAAAAGUGUUGGUAUUAGAUGGCAUUAUACAAUGCACUGAGAAGGAUGAGUUUGCUUAUCAAGAGAUGAUAUCAUUUCUACCUCUGUGUCUUCACAAGAAUCCGGAGAAAGUGUUGAUUGUGGGUGGAGGUGAUGGUGGAGUUGCCAGAGAAGUUGCCAAACACCCCAAAGUUAAAGAAAUUGUUCAGGUGGAAAUCGACGAGAAAGUCAUCGAAGUCUCAAAAAAAUACCUACCAUUUAUGGCGGUGGGUUUCGACAGUCCAAAGUUAAAACUUCAUGUCUGCGACGGUUUCGAAUUUAUGGCCAAUCAUAAACACGAAUUCGACGUUAUAAUCACGGACAGCAGCGACCCCGUAGGCCCAGCCGUUAAUCUAUUCAGAGAGAACUAUUUCAUUCUCUUGAAAAAUGCGCUGAAACCAAACGGAAUUAUUUGCUCCCAGGCUGGAACCGUCUGGAACGAUCUAGACCUUGUCUCCAACAUUCUACAAAUAUGCAAGAAUCAAUUUGCUAAAGCCGCUUACGCUUAUGCUUCAGUCCCCACAUACCCGUCAGGACAAAUUGGUUUCGUAAUUGGCUCUUUAGACAAGGACGUCGUUUUUGAUAAACCUGUACAUGUUUUUACUGAGGAAGAUGAAAAAGAGAUGAAGCUAAGGUACUACAGCACUGACAUCCAUAAAGCUGCCUUUGUACUACCAACCUUUGUGAAACAACACUUAAGAAAAGUUAGUGGGUAACCUGUACUUAAAUGUGCAUUUAUUUUAGUAUAUUAGCGUCUUACCGGUAGGUGAGACGUAUCGAAUCUAUUAAUGAAUUUUAUCAUAUUUAUUAGAUUUUUAAUCUUCGGGUGUUAUUUGUAACUAUGUUUUAAUGUACUGUUGUUUAUUCAAAAUUCAUUAUUUUAUAGUUUAUUAACAAAUGAUAUUAUGAAAUUGUUACUUAGAGAGUAAAAUUCGCAUUUAUGUCCCAGACUUUAAGUCAUAUGGCAGUCUUCCAUUAAAUAAACUAAAAAUCUAUUUACUAAAAUAUUUAACGCAUAAUCUGUAUACCAGAGUGGCCUUAUAAAAUAUAAUUUUAUUAAUACUGUUAAUGCAUUAUGUGCGGCAUGCACAUGUAUGUAUUAUAUUAAGUAGUAUAUAAGUGUUAUUAUAUAACGAAUAUAGAUUAUUUAAUUAUAAUAUAAUACUCUCUGGUCGAAGUUACAGCAGUCAUUAUCGGUCUUUGGGUCCAUUCAUAACAUACAUUCCUUAUCAAUAACUAAAUUACUAUUUACUUAUUAAAUAAUAAUGAAGAACGUUAUUUAUAAGACAAUCUAUUCUUAAUGACCUUUGUGCCUUGUCGUUAGAUUUGAAAUUAUUCCAUGAUUAAAUAAAUAAAUGGUGUCAUAUUCCGAACUCGACUAGUAUCGGACUUGACAGCAUCGCUAAAAAAGUCGCCGUGGACGAAUACAUUAUCCAAAGUCUUAUAUCGAGUUCCAUUUUUUUUUAAAUGUCCGUAAUUUCAAUAAACAAAAGUUACGUACAAAUAGAAAAUUUUGCGUGUAUGUUUUGGGAUUAGGGAAGGGAAGUUGUUCGCAUCCAAUCGUAAAACUAGGUAUCCCUUCAUAUUUAUUAUUUUAUUUAGUUAAAUAGAUAAUCUAAGUAUUUAUUGUCAAACAUUCCAUCUGAGUGUUCCAAACUCAUUUUACACUGCAUCAACUUGCUCAUCUAGGUAAUUAUGUGAUAAAGAUAAAUAAAAUAAAGGAAUCGUCAUAAAUAUUUUUGUACAAUGUUUUUGUAUAUUUUUAUAAAUGUUAAAAUAAAUCAGGGACAAUAAAUGUAUUUUUUUAUUAA